UGAAAAAUGUGUAAAUUUUUAGCAUUUUUCUCUCUUUUUUUUAACAAAUUAUUAGCAUUUUUCUCUCUUUUUUUUUACGAUGGAAGAUGGUCGAAAAAGAGGUGAUAGAUCCUCGAAAUCAUGAGAAGGUACGGAGAAAUGAUUUUUGGUUGCUUUCUGCGGUUGAGAAGGUUUUGAAGGGUUUCAUUCCAUCACUCUCACAUGAAGCCGACGGCCUGAUAUUUCAGGGCUGGGAUGACCUUUAUGUUGCCCCGUACACAUGAAGGUCUACUGAAGUGGAAGUAUCCAGAAAUGAACUCCGUUGACUUUCUAUACGAGCAGGAUGACAGUGGCCGGGGAAUGCUCUCCGUGUUUGAAAGAGGGAAGAAGAAGCUUUUGGAUGGAAAUAAUGUUGUUUUUAGAGACCCUGCCGAGUACUCUGGGAAGAUUGUAGAGUGCUCAUGGGAUCAGGAAGAGCAAGUUUGGGUCAGCAUGCGGGUCAGGGUCGAUAAGUCUACACCAAAUGAUAUCAACAGUUAUAGGAAGAUGAUGAGAAGCAUAAAAGACAACAUCACAGAGGAAGUGUUGCUGCAGGAGAUAAGGGAGAUCAUCCGUUUGCCUAUGUAUGCGGACCGUAUUCAAAUGGAUAGCAAAGCCGCGCGCCGCAGAUGAAACAUCUAUAGGUCUGUUUCGAGGAGCUUUAGGGUUUUAUAAUGAAUCUGAUUCCGUUUGGCAUAUGUGAUAGAUGGUUUAAGGUGUGUUUACUCUUCUCAAGGGAUUCGUAUGUUUAGAUGGAGAAGAUGUUGUAAUGGUAAUAGCACUUAGGAGGAUAUAAUGUUGUAAUCUUUAGUAUUAGUAUCAUAUUGUUAUUGUUUUUUUUCUUUUUUACUUCA